CGGACUCAAGCUGCGCUGCUCGGCUUCAGUCUCCCUGGAGAGUCGCUGCGGUUCCGGUUCACAAACCUGCCGCGUGUCCUGGUCCUAGUCUCAUCCUCGCUGCUGCAGAAGAAUUCGGUACCAGCUGGCGGAUCACCGAAGAACCGAGCCUGUUUCUCUGAUCCUCGAGUGGACUUGUGGGUCACAUGAUGUGGACUCCUCGCUGCCUCCCUCUGCUGGUUCUUCUGGUUGCCGCACUCCAGUUUUCACCCACCAGAUCCAGACCGACCAAAGAGGACACCGACCCAGAUCCCGGUCCAGACCCAGACCAAGACCAGGACCAGGAGCCUGACUCAGACACAGACACAGACUCAGUUGACUCUCUGGAGGAGGAGGACGAGUCCUCAUCUGAGGAAACCCGGCUUGCCCUGGAGUCCACCGCUGGUGGCCAGAACCUGCCCGCUCUGGCCCCACACUGGUCAGCACCGGAGAAGAUGACAAGACGGGUGCUCGGUGUCCGGGUCGGUCGGACUGCCAAGUUCCGUUGUCCUUCAGCGGGGAAUCCUACUCCCACUCUGCACUGGUUCAAGAACGGGGAAGAGCUGCAGGAGCAGCAGAGACCUGCAGGCCUGAAGGACCAGGAGCAGGUGUGGACCCUAACCAUAGAGGCCGCGGUACCGUCUGACAGAGGGAACUACUCCUGCGUGGUGGAGAACCAACACGGGAGCCUGCGACACGACUUCCGGCUGGAUGUCUUCGAAGGUUCUGCUCUGAGGCCCAUCCUGCGAACUGGGCCGCACCCCAACCGGACAGUGCUGGUGGGCAGUGACGUGGAGCUGGAGUGUUGGGUCUUCAGCGAUCCCCCACAUCACGUGAAGUGGGUCCGACACGUCAGUGUCAACGGCAGCCAGAUUGGUCCAGACGGAGUCCCGCAUGUUCUGGUUUCGAAGGCUGCAGACCUGGACCAGGACGUGGUGGUCCUCAUUCUGAAGAACGUGUCGGUGCAGGACUCGGGGGAGUACACCUGUCAGGCUGAGAACUCUGUCGGGGUGUCGCAGCAGUCAUUGUGGCUCACAGUGGUGUCAGGCCUGUCUACGUCGCCCCUGCUGCCCCAUAACUAUCUGGAGGUCUCCCUCUACUGUCUGGGCUUUUUCAUCGUCGUCAUCCUCACCAUUAUGGUGGCAGCCUGUAGGCUGUGCUAUGCCCCUCAGAAGACGGACUUCAGCAGCUCACUGGUGAUCCAGAAGCUAUCCAAGCCUGUCCCGCUGAAGAAACAGAACUCCGCUUCCUCACUGCAGUCUGCAGCCUGUCUCGUCCCGAAGUCUCGUCUCUCCAGCGCCACCUCUGGGUGUGACCAGCCUUACGACCCACUCUGGGAGGUGCCACGUGACCAAUUGUCUCUGGGUCGUCCUCUGGGUGAGGGAUGUUUCGGUCGAGUGGUUCUGGGUCAGGUGGCGGGUCUGGACCAGAACAGCUCCAGGAUCAGUCAAGUCGCUGUGAAGAUGCUGAAAGGUGACGUGCUGUUGAACACCUGGUGUGUUGACAGUAUGGGUCUUGACUGUGAUGUCACUUCCUGUUUGCAGGGAGGCUCAGACAGCGACCAGCUGGACCUGAUUGCAGAGAUGGAAAUGAUGAAGACAAUCGGUCGGCACCAGAACAUCAUCAACCUGGUGGGGGCAUGCACGCAUGAUGGUCCACUCUACGUGCUGGUGGAGUUUGCGUCGCAGGGGAACCUGCGAGACUACCUGCGGGCUCGGAGGCCGGCGGGUCUGGAGUACUGGGGCGGCACAGGCCGACCGAACCCAGCCUCUCUGGAGCUGCGGGACCUGAUAUCAGCAGCGUUCCAGGUGUCUCGGGGGAUGUGCUACCUGGCAUCUAAGAAGUGCAUCCACAGAGACCUGGCCGCCCGGAACGUCCUGGUCGCCGAUGACUUCGUCAUGAAGAUUGCAGACUUUGGACUUGCCCGAGACGUGCACCACAUCGACUACUACAAGAAGACCACCAAUGGUCGUCUUCCCGUCAAAUGGAUGGCACCUGAGGCCCUGUUCGAUCGGGUCUACACACCCAAGAGUGACGUGUGGUCCUUUGGAGUUCUGCUGUGGGAGGUCUUCACUCUGGGAGGUUCACCAUACCCGGGGAUCCCGGUAGAAGAGCUCUUCAAGCUGCUGAAGGAGGGUCACCGCAUGGAGAGACCGACUGGCUGCCCAACCGAGCUGUACCAGCUGAUGAGGAGCUGCUGGACCGCCGCCCCAGCUGGCCGGCCCACCUUCCAGAGCCUGGUUGAAGAACUGGACCGAGCUCUGUUGAUGGCCAGCAACCAGGAGUACCUGGACCUGGCUGUGUCUCCGGUACAGAACUCCACAGUGCAGUACACACUGAUCCAGAACCCAGUGGUCCAGUACUCCAGUGUCCGGCCCACCGGUGUCCAAUACUGCCCCGUCUCCGCCUGCUAUGCUUCGUAGAUGCAUUUCCUGUUUCCUUGAUCACUUCCUGUCGGUGGUUGCUGCUCCACCAGCACUGACAGGAGUCCCAGCUGGACUGAGACUCAACAGAACCAGAGCCUGGUCUGGCAUCCUGUAAAUACUGUAAAUAGUAGUGGAGUGAGGAAGAGAAGCAAUGAUGAAGAUUCUUUUGUUAAAGAGAGAUAAAAUAUGGUUCACAUUUUGUCACACAGACGCGCUGUCUAUCACCAGUGGGAGGCGACACAGUCAGCGUCAAUGAAGGUCGUGAGCCAGGGUUGGUAGAUGAACUUUUAUUCCUCAGAUUACAAACCAGAAAACAUUGUCACAUGAUCUCAGACCAAGAAGAGUCCUUAAACGCACCACGACCCGCGCGGUGUCGGCGUCAGACUCUGCACUUUAAUAAGUUAAUCUGUUUCCUCAAAUAAAUAUGGCCGACACUAGC